ACAUUCUUGUUCUUAUAGCCUUGGUUGUUGAGUUCUCCACAUUCUCUACCAACCUGUGGCAUGAAAUACAUGGUGUUUGCAGGACUCAUAUGGUGCAGAGUGGAUGAAUAAGAACAGGACUGAUUUUUAACUUCUUUUACUAAACAAAAUUGAAAGAAACAUAAAAAUUGCUAACAUUUGUGUUGUGCUAAGCAUUUUUGGGGGUUACGUUCAUGUGUUUCAAUAUGCACAAAGCCUCAGGGAGGAGACGAUUGAAGAAGAAACAAUUUUCAACUGGACUCUCAAAUGAUCCCCAGCUCAAGGGUAUAGUGACCAGGUUAUAUUGCAGGCAAGGCUACUACUUGCAAAUGCACCCCGAUGGAAGUCUCGAUGGAACCAAGGAUGACAGCAGUAAUUCUACUUUAUUCAACCUUAUACCAGUGGGGCUUCGAGUUGUCGCUAUCCAGGGUGUAAAGACUGGGCUGUAUAUAGCCCUAAAUGGAGAAGGUUUCCUCUACACAUCAGAACUUUUUACACCAGAGUGCAAAUUCAAGGAGUCUGUUUUUGAAAAUUAUUAUGUAAUCUACUCAUCCAUGCUCUACAGACAACAGGAGUCCGGGAGGGCCUGGUUCUUGGGGCUGAACAAAGAAGGGCAGGUCAUGAAAGGAAACAGAGUGAAGAAAACAAAACCAGCAGCUCAUUUUCUACCCAAGCCAUUGGAAGUUGCCAUGUAUCGAGAACCAUCUUUGCAUGAUAUUGGAGAAACAGUGCCAAAGGCUGGGGUAACUCCAAGUAAAAGCACAAGUGCAUCUGCAAUAAUGAAUGGCGGCAAACCAGUGAACAAGAGCAAGACGACAUAGCCAGAUCCUCACAGGUGUUGUGACUUUACUGAGUCCCAAGUACAGUUGAGUGAUUUAUCCUUGCCAGACUUCCCCUCGGCAGUGUCUGUGGAUCAGCUUGUGGCAAGUCACCAGCUUGCCCAUUGCUGUUUCUGAACUGAGUUGUUGCAAGUGGAUAAAUCUCAACAUGUAGCUCCACCACAACGAGAAGACACCUGGAUGAACCAGCUAAACUCAGACCAUGGAAUGCCCUACCAGAUAUUGGAAUGCCUUUUUAAUAUCUUUUCUGUGACUGUGACACUUCAUGUGAAUGACAUACUUCACAAGUACACUUGAUACCUUGCCUGCUGACAAUUGCCCAUAAUCCCUUUUUGAGUCCAGUUUCAGCAAAAUCCAUGUGUUUAAGUUCUAUUUUGUAGCACACAAAUAAUCAAGUAAUUUCUAGUUAGAUGCUGUAAACCUGUGCUAUUAUGGAUUUCUCUUCUUCCCUUUUUUAUAAGGCUGCUCGCUCCACUGUUUGUGACCUUUUGCAGGGAUUGUGUUUCUCUAUAACUUAAGUGUUGCCGGUGGCUUAGUUUUGAAAGCAAUCAGGGAAUCAGGAAGCCUUCAAAAAUCUAUUAUUACAAAUUAUAUCUAUAAAGAAUAGGAUCGUUGUCUCUGGCUUAAAAUAUUGAUUAAAUGUGAAUACUCUUUAGUAACAGAUACUGUGCUUCUGAGGUUGGCAUUAAAGUGGAGGGAAGAGUGUCAAACACAACCAACGGGGAGUUUUCUGAAACGUGUGUUUGGCAUCCCCCUAUAGUUUCUUUUUGUGUGUGUGUUUUAUACAUAUCACAGGCUUACUGGUAAUGGUAACAUUUGCCUUGCCCAGCGAGCAAGACCCACUCAUUUUUGGAAAAGUGGGUCCAAAGAAUUUUGUAGGCCUUGUAGGUCUGAAUUAAGGCUCAUUUUUCAUCUACUAAAUCUUCAUUGUUUGAAAAACAACCACCACCAGUAAAAGAAAAAAAAAAAAAGUAAGACUAAUCAGAAUUGCGCUACCUAACUCCAUUUCAAAUAUAAUCCUUUCCUGUUUUUAAGGAACUGAACUUAAUGCCAUUGUUAUUUUUGGCUGAAUCCCACACCUACUUAGCAAAGCAUGGGCAAGGAUGUUGUUGUGUUCUUUUUUGCAGCACCAAUGCAAAGGGUAGUUAAAAAUUAUAGUUUAAUAUUUCUGGUGUUUUAAAAAAAGAAGUUUUAAAACUGGACAUAUUACAAAACUUUAUUUUUAUUUUUAGCUAAGCAUGCAAAGUCCGGUCCUAUGUAUUUCACUGAUAUCCCAGUAUGUACCUCCACCCAGCUUCCUAGGAUAACAUGCCCACCAAAUUGCUAGAUUGAAGGUGCCUUGCCUUGAUCUCUAUAUACUGUACUUUCUCCUACAUGAACCUAGAAAAAUUCAAAAACAUCAUAAAAUUGAAGCCUUGGAUCAUAUUACCAGAAACAACAUCAACCCUUUGAGUUUGUCACUUGUGAACAAUUAAACCAGUGUUGUGGGGGAUGAAGGAGGGCGGGGGAAAGAUUUAGAGAAUGCCACAGAGAUGCCACUGAAGUUUUUUGCACGCUUAGUCACAGGCUUUCAGAAGAUGAAAAUUACGGGCACUCUCUGUAUGCUUAAGAAGGAAUUUGUUUCUUAGAAAUGGCAGCAAAGAUCAAACUGUAUCUCAGCCUGGAAAACUGUGUGGCAACACUCUCUUGGCCUCUUGCUGUUACCUUGAUAUUUAAAGACAAAAAGAGGAAACCAUCCUUUUUUAGCACUGUAUUUCUGGCAAUUUGUUUUAUCAAAUUUUUGAGCUGGAGUCCCUAACAGAGACUGCUGAUUAUUUCAAAUUCCCUGUCUGCUCAGCUGAACAGUCUGAUUCAGUCUGAAUGAACUCUUCAUACUAGUUUUCAAAUGCAUUCUGUUUUUAUAAGCAACAUUUAGUGCACUCUUCAAGGAGGCUACUGUAAAGCUGCUAAAUUCUAGGUAAACUUUUUCUUUUUUUCUGUAGGUCAGACUUAUUUUUGUAUGUGUGAUAUGAGAACAGCAAGAUAUAAUGCUUGAUGUUGGGUCUUUCUAGGGAGGGAAUGAGUUAAGCAUGAAGCCCUCUAUCCAUAUAGAGAAAAAAAAAAACAAACCUAAUCUAAAACUGUGAUAAAAAUGCAAAGAAACUUUGACUUAAGACUGUGCCCUUGCCUGCUAGCACUAAAUCUGUGUGCGUGGGGAAACAACACUUUUAUUAGAAACUUUGGUGUGCCCUUCUCAUCCCAUCUGGUCCAGUGGGAUUUGUGCACCAUCCCUGAGAAAACAAAAUCAAACCAAAGCAACUCAGAUGGUGAGCUGGGGGCUUGCUCUGCGCUGCAGGACCCAUGAGAGGCAGCAGCCUUGACACUGUCCUGUCCGCUGGGUCCUGCCAUGGCCCCAGGCCUUCCUACAAUUGUUAGAGGAGAACUUCACAGUGCUUCAAGUAAGAUAAAACAGCUGAAGGCUACAUUCUCUCUCACCUGAUACAUGAGGAGGGAAUACAUGAGUUCAUGUCCCAUUCAGCUGUCUUUUAACUCACCCAGUGUAAGAGCCUGAGGCUCUAGAGACAGGGCUGGAGACCUGGCUGAGCCAUGGAAGGAGGAUCUGGUUCAUUGCCUGAUCCUACAUAAGAAUUGUUUUUAACAUUAACCUUUUGGUCCUGAGUAACUAUGAUCUGUGAACCAGUUUGGGAGGCUAUAAUUAAAGCCAGAUUUAAUUCCUUUAAGCAGUUAGUACAUACUGGAAAUACAGCUCUUUUUUUUUUUUUUUUAAUUAUUGUUUUCUGGUUUUGUUUCUGUG